CAUUUUUUUAUUUCCUACCCACAAUUGCGAUCUAUAAUUGUGUAUAGUAUAAGACGAUCUUUUCGUUGCCGCAUGGCGUAAAGGACGGCUGCAAUAAUAAGAAGUCAAAAUGCAGAUUUUCGUGAAAACUCUUACCGGCAAGACCAUCACCCUUGAGGUCGAAGCUUCUGAUACCAUUGAAAAUGUCAAGGCUAAGAUCCAGGACAAAGAAGGAAUCCCGCCAGACCAACAGAGAUUGAUCUUCGCUGGUAAACAAUUGGAGGAUGGCAGAACUCUGUCUGACUACAACAUUCAGAAGGAGUCAACUUUACAUCUUGUCUUGAGACUUCGUGGUGGAGCCAAGAAACGCAAGAAGAAGAAUUACUCUACUCCCAAAAAAAUCAAGCACAAGAAGAAGAAGGUCAAGCUCGCUGUGCUCAAGUUCUACAAGGUUGAUGAGAACGGAAAAAUCCACCGUCUGAGACGUGAAUGUCCUUCUGAACAGUGCGGUGCUGGUGUUUUCAUGGCAGCCAUGGAAGACCGUCAUUACUGUGGGAAAUGCGGUUACACACUCGUAUUUAACAAACCCGAAGACAAGUAAAUAACAAAUUUUUCCAUGUACUGUAAGUGGUUGCAGUACAAUUUAUAAAAACAAAAAAUAAAAAAAUUUGAAAAAAAAUUAACAAAACUCAUGGAAAAGAA